GCCGUCUCGAGGAGGCGUGCGCGCGCUUGAGGGGCUGCGGUCCCAUUGACUAUUCCGUCUCCCUGACAGCGGCAGCAUCAGCAGCAGCGCGAGCUCGGUAAACAGAGCGAGCGCCGCGCGGACUCCGCCUUUUGCUCCCAUCAUCCCACCCGAGAGCCCGAGCUCCGAGGCGGCUUCAUCAACAAGCGCAAGACCCCCCUCGUCGACUCGCACUUAUCCCGCGGAUCAGAUAUGGACUACCCUUAACUGGACCUGGAGGGGAGAGGCAGGCGGGCGGGCGGGGGGUGGGGGGGAGAGAAACAGAAGAAAAAGCCGUAUAGGAAGAGAAGCACAACCGUGGGUGCCUGCCGCAACGAUGAACGGUUCGCCACGCUCGCGACAACCGCAGAUAAGCCAUCGGACUAUGGCCUGAAUAGCGGUUUACAUAGCUGGGAUUGUGCACCGAUCAUACAGGGGUAAAAUAUGUCCGCCUCGGUGGGGCCCCGCGGUGGCCCUCGCCCACCCACAACGCAGAGCUCCAUGCCCGAUCUACCGGACCUCAGUCACCUCACCGAGGAGGAGAGGAAAAUUAUCAUGGCUGUGAUGCUUCGGCAGAAGGAGGAAGAGGAGAAGGAUGAGGCCAUGCUCAAAGAGGAGAAGCCCAUACAAGCAAAAACAGUGAACCUGGUCGGGAACAAGAAACCACCUCAGCAGAACGACAUCAGUUUGCACCAGCAAGUUGCCAACUACAAGGAGCAGGUGAGGCGGAUUGGGCCGGAGCCCCCCCAACAGAGGCAGCAGGGCCAACACAAGGAUGACGCCCCCACCUGUGGCAUCUGCCACAAGACCAAGUUUGCUGAUGGCUGCGGAAACCUGUGCUCAUACUGCCAGACUAAGUUCUGUGCCCGGUGCGGGGGAAGGGUCUCUCUGCGUUCCAAUAAUAAGGAGGACAAAGUGGUAAUGUGGGUAUGUAACCAGUGCCGAAAGCAACAGGAUAUACUCACUAAAUCAGGAGAAUGGUUUCCCAGCCAUGGGCCCAAACCUGGAGAGCUGGGGUCUGCAGUGAGUGAACCAGCCAUGUGUGGAGACCCCGUUGGAGAGAAGAAGAUGCGCUCUAGGUCUCAGAACCCUCUCGACUCCUCCGUUUCUACUGCCCAUGACACCCAGUCACCUGCCCCAAACGACCCCAGAAAAGGCCCCUCUACAGGGUCAGCCGACACGCCGUCAUCGCGCUCACGCAGUGAGCCUCCACAAGAUAGAAAAAAGCCACCAGCAGCCUCUGAUCAGAAUGGCAAGUCAGGGCCCAGAGGAGAGAGGCGGCGAGGGCUAUCCAAAAUCCACUCCCAGGGUUCCGAAGAGCGAGAGUCCGGAGAAAAUCGGAGAGAAAGUCGAAGACUGAUGAAGACUCGCUCUCAGGAGCAUGACAGUCCUGAAACUAGGAGGACUGAGGGGGAGCAUAAACCAUCCAGGGAACAGUGCAGGACUGACUCAAAUGCUCCACAUCAACCGGCCAAACUCCGGCCUGCGGAGCCUGAUGGACGUAUGCAUCCUAAGGUGAGGGAAGCGGGGGAGAUGGUGCAGGACAAUAGAGGUGCACGGAGAUGGGCAGAUGGGCGGCAGACCUCGCUGGAGGGCCAGCAACAGGCCUACGUUCCAGAGAGGACAGCGGGGGGUACAGGUUUGCAGGGUGCACCGGCUGUGCAGGGUCCUCCUGCUAAAACGAACCACACCCCACAGCCGCCAGCUCCGGGGUUCAGGGUGGGUCCUGCCAUGCCCGCAGGUCCCCCUGAACUUAGGGAGCCUCAGGAAUGGGACAGGAAGUUGCAGCCGAGCCACCUGGACCCUGGCUCGGCUGCACUACUGCGCAAAUCGAAACGUCAAAAAGAGAGCAUGCUGCGCAAUGAUUCGCUCAGCUCUGACCAAUCGGAAUCUCUACGACCGCCCCCGCCCCGCCCGUACAAGAGCAAACGGGGUGGCAACAAGAGACAGAUGUCCGUCAGCAGCUCUGAGGAAGAGGGCGGUUCAACACCGGAGUACACCAGCUGUGAAGAUGUGGAGAUCGAGAGCGUCAGCGAGAGAGGUUGGUCAGGGGACUGGGAGUGCUGUCCACUGGACCCCACCGCAUGGCAUCAUCCGGUUACAUGGCAGCCCUCCAAGGAAGGUGAUCAUUUAAUUGGCCGAAUCACUUUGAGUAAGCGAACAGCCAUGCCAAAAGAGGCUGGGGCUCUGCUUGGGCUAAAGGUGGUCGGGGGGAAGAUUACAGAAACUGGGAGACUUGGGGCCUUCAUCACCAAAGUCAAGAAAGGAAGUCUAGCUGAUGUGGUUGGUCAUCUAAGGGCCGGUGAUGAAGUGCUUCAGUGGAAUGGUAAAUCAUUACCAGGAUUAACCAAGAAAGAAGUUUACAAUAUCAUCUUGAAUUCCCAAACAGAACCAAAAGUUGAAUUAAUAGUAUCAAGGCCAAUUGGUGAUAUACCACGAAUACCAGAAACAUCACAUCCUCCAUUAGAAUCUACAGGUUCAAGUUCCUUCGAAUCACAGAAGAUGGAAAGACCCUCUAUAUCUGUCCUGUCCCCAUCCAGCCCAAGGGGUCUUAGAGAUGCCCCUCAGCUACUGCCUGGACAGCUGUCGGUGAAAAUGUGGUAUGACAAGGUUGGCCAUCAGCUGAUAGUGAACGUAUUGCAGGCUAUAGACCUGGCGCCCAGAUCGGAUGGACGACCCAGAAACCCCUAUGUCAAAAUGUACUUCCUGCCCGAUAGAAGUGAUAAGAGCAAGAGAAGAACGAAAACAGUAAAGAAAAGUCUGGAACCCAAGUGGAACCAGACGUUUGUGUACUCUCAUGUCCAUCGCCGGGAUUUCAGGGAGCACAUGCUAGAGAUUACUGUAUGGGACCAACCCAGAAUACAAGAGGAGGAGAGUGACUUUCUAGGAGAGAUCCUGAUCGAGCUGGAGACUGCCCUGCUGGAUGACAAGCCUCACUGGUACAAGCUGCAGGCACAUGACGUCUCUUCCAUCCCACUGCCGCACCCGUCGCCAUACCUGCCCCGCAGACACGGCCAAACAGAAACACCCACCAAAAAGCUGCAGCGCUCGCAGCGUAUUACAGAAACUGAUUAUGAUGAUGCUAUUGGUGUAGUCGCCACAGCUACAGAAAACCGAUCAAGAGAAAGAGAAAGGGACAGAGACAGAGAUCGAGCAACGACUUUAGAGGUUCCUGAUCAGCAGAGGCCAACUCAGUAUCGCUCAAGGUCCGUGUCUCCACACAGAGACGAAGAAAGCAGAGGGCGGUCCCGCCCUCCCAACGUCCCCACACAGAGGAGUCUGGAUGAGGUUCAGCACACCCGGCGAUCCCGUUCCCCAACACGCUACCAUGACCGUACACGUGUGCAAGAGAGAGAGUACGUGGACGACAGUGAGGUCAUCUUGAUACACAGAUCAAUGCGGGGUAGAAGCGCAGAGUGUCUGCACACCCAAAGGAGUUCAUCUAAGUACAGUAACACUCUGCCUCCUAAGAUGCCUUUAUUAGUCAAUGGAAUUCAUAAGGAUAUUUACAGCUCAACACUUCCUGCAUGCCUUAAGUCAAAGUCACGGCUGUCUGUAGUCACUGCCACACAACGCCAAGUUCUUAGGUUCACAGACAAGAUCACCAUUAGUGAUCUACAGCCCUCUCUUGACAGGCUUAGAAGUGCUAGUACCAACUGUCUGAGACCAGGUUCUAAUUCCAAUUCACCUGAACGAGACAGGAGCACCCAGUCUCUGCCCCGUACCAGACCCAUGAGCCCAAGGAUCCUAAUUCAGCAUGCCUCCCCAGAAGACGACAGCUGGGUUUUGGAGGCUAUGUUCCCCGCUCAGGAGACAGUACACCACCUUAGUGCAAAGCCAGACGCACAGAGGCAGUCGAGAACUCUGGACAAGCCUAGCUGUCAGAAACUUGGCAAGAAAAUAUCUGACAGCGAGCGGGAGCAGCCGAACUCCCGGCCCACAUUCUCCUCAUCAACAGCGGACUCUUCUUCGACACGAAAGGUCAGACAGCUUCCCCAAGUUCCCGCUAAAAGCAGCAGUGUAGAGCAAGCUCUUGCUUCAGAGGAGCGAACACGGCAAAUGAAAGUGCGCACCUUCCGAACAGCAGCUCCCUCCAGUACCAGCCAGGAUCUGGAGAAGGCGCUCAAGAAUAAAAGAGAGCUUUAUAAGGAGCAGCGACGAAGCUCUGACAAUGUGUCCCAUAAGUCCUCAGACAGUGAUGUCAGUGACGUGUCAGCCAUCUCUCGCGCCAGCAGUGCCUCGCGGAUCAGUAGCACCAGCUACAUGUCCAUUCAAUCAGAACGACCCAGGGGUCGCAUUAGCCGUCAUAUUCAUCCAUCCAGCCGCAGCAUGUUGAAGAGCACGAGUGUUAGUGGGGAGAUCUACACUCUGGAGCGUACGGAUGGCAGCCAGUCAGACACCGCUCUGGGAACACUGGGAGGAGGAGGGAAAAAGCGCAGAUCCAGCCUUAGCGCCCGUGUAGUCGCCAUCGUGGGCAUUCCCUCACGCCGCAGCAGAAGCACCUCUCAGCUCAGUCAGACAGAAGCAGCCAACAAGAAAACAAAGGGAUCCAGUCAGAUCCAGCGCAGUCAGGAGACGGGAAUGGCAGUGGAGUAUCCCCGUAACGCCAUGGCCCGCCAAGCCAGCCGAGAGUCCACUGACGGCAGCAUGAACAGCUAUAGCUCUGAGGGCAAUCUGAUCUUCUCAGGGAUGAGGUUAGGGGCUGACAGCCAGUUCAGUGAUUUCCUGGACGGUCUUGGCCCUGCUCAGUUGGUGGGUAGACAAACACUUGCCACGCCCGCUAUGGGAGAUGUUCAGAUUGGACUGACAAAUAAGAAAGGGCAGCUGGAGGUGGAGGUUAUCAGGGCCCGUGGUCUUACACCUAAACCAGGUUCCAAAUCGCUGCCGGCUCCCUACGUCAAGGUUUAUUUGCUGGAAAACGGGGCGUGCAAAGCCAAAAAGAAAACCAAGAUUGCACGGAAGACGCUCGAUCCUUUGUAUCAGCAAGCGCUGUUGUUUGAGGAAAGUCCGCAGGGUAAAGUCCUCCAGGUAAUAGUCUGGGGAGAUUACGGCCGCAUGGACCACAAAUGUUUCAUGGGAGUCGCACAGAUUCUUUUAGAGGAGCUGGAUCUUUCCAGCACAGUGAUCGGUUGGUACAAACUGUUUCCCCCCUCAUCAUUGGUCGACCCGACCUUAGCUCCUCUCGCUCGUCGUGCUUCCCAGUCAUCGCUGGACUCUUCAGGGCCACCGGGCAUCAUCAGGUCCUAGUGAAUGGACAGGAGCGAGAUGCGAAACAAAAACACACGGACCAAGGACCCGAGGCAACAAUCAGAACCGGAGCGGCAGAUAAAGAGACAGAUGGACAGAAUCAUGAUCAAAGCUUUGCUGAAGCCUGACAAUCACUUCUCUUUUACUUUUGAUCUUUGGGUUGUAGAGAUUUCCUUUGAUCCACUCUGCUCCUUUACUGCAUGUUUUGUUGCUGAGAUGACGAUUCGACCCAAAUAAAAAGAGAAGGAAGGGAGAGGCUCCCGAAACGCGACCCCGCUUCGUUUGACAGGA